UGAAAAGUAUUUUGACAGCAAGAACAUGGCAUUGUGCAAAGGAAAGUGGAUAUUCCAAACGUUGCUCGGAUUAUAUAAGGAAAAUGUACAAUUAAGUUAUAUCAGCACAAACCAAGUCCUUUCAAGUAUGUACAAAGACAGACAAUCUUCUACUCAGGAGAAGAGCGAAUUAGAUGCACUUUGCAGUGAUGACAGACCACUCGAGAAAAAACCGAUGAUUCCGGCAAGAUCUGAAGUGUCAACAAGUUUUACUUAUGAUCCUAUAGUUCAAAAAUUCAUAAAUUUACUAAUGAGAAAUGGCUGCAAAGAAAAGGCAAGAGAAAUAACAGAAGGGGCUUUGGAGCAAAUCAAGAUGAGACAGAUAGAAACUUAUCACAAAGCAAAAACAGAGGCAGAAAAGGCCAUGGUUGUCACUGACCCUAUAAAGAUAUUUCAUGGUGCUGUGGAAAACUGUAAACCAUUAGUGGUUCAGAAGUCUGUGACAAAGGGAGGAACCUCUUACAGAAUUCCAGUAUACUGUCAUGACAGGAGAAAACUUCGACUUGGGAUCAACUUUAUCAUUGAUUCAUGUCGUACGAGACGAAGAAAGGUUCCUAUCGAAAUUGUGCUUGCUGCAGAGAUUUUACAAGCUUACAAUAAUGAGGGCAAUGCUGUAGGAAAGAAGCAACAGCUUCAUAAGGAAUGUGAGGCACAAAGAGCAUUUGCACAUUAUAGGUGGAAGUGAAUGGUUGGAAUAAAUAGACUGUAUUUAU